UUGAGGAGAAGGAGAUGGAGAAGAUUAACAUCGAUGAGGAGGUGGAGUACGGUAACAUCAAGAAGGAGAAUGAGAAGAUUAACAUCUUGGAGGAUAUAGCCAUGGAGGAUGAGAUAGAGGAGAUUAAUAUCGAGGAGUUGCAGGAGAUUAACACUGAGGAGGAGUUGGAGCAGAUAAACAUCAGGGAGGUCGUGGAGGAGAUUAAGAUUGAGGAGGCGGAGGAGAUUAAGAUCAUAGAGGCAGAGGAAGUUAAGAUCGAGGAGGUGGAGGUGAUUAAGAUCAAGGAAGUGGAGAUUAAGAUCAUGGAGGUGGAGGAGAUUAAGAUCAAGGAGGUGGAGGAGAUAAAAAAUAUGGAGAAUAAGAUCGAGGAGGUAGAGAAGGUUAUGAUCAGGGAGGAGGAAGAGAUUAAGAUUGUGGAGGAGAUAAACAUCGAAAAGCAGGGGAAAGUGGAGGACAAUAUAAUCAAGGAGGUAGAGGAGAAGAACAUCAAGGAAGAAGAAGUACUGGAAGUGAUGGUGGAAGUCAUCAAUACUGAGGAGGAGAAUGAAGGUGCGGUGGUGGAAGAGAAAGAGUCAGAAGAAGAAAGUGAGGAGGAAAAAUAUCAGGCUCUCAUGUGGAGGUGGACGGUGAAGGGCUCCGAGCUGCCAGACAAGACGCGGUUGGUGGACACCAAAUUGCCUGAGAAGACAAAACAAGAGCAGCAGCAUCAGAAAGAGCAGCAGGAACAGACUAGCAAGAUGCCUCAGAUUCUUCUGCUGCUGCAGUUAUGA